CUGAUAAUAAAUUUUAAUAAAAUCUGCAUAAGUCCAAACCAACGGAAAAUGCCGGAAAACAUAACGAAAAUCCCUGACAACAGAAGCAAAGUGAAAACAAACUGAAAAAAGGACAUUAACAAACCGAGUGUAAAUUGACAAACAAAACAAUGAGAGAAAACUAAAACAAAGUACAACAACAACAACAACAGCUAAAGCCUAAAACUUGUCAACAACAGAUUCUUCCUGCAAUCCUCGAAGUCUGGGACACAUCAGCAGGGCUUGGAAGCUGUAAAAACUCGCUCAUAAAAGCCAAAGGCGGAAACUUAAGCUGAGUCCAACAACAUUGCAGUUAGAACAACAACACAUGUCCUCAGCCUCAUAAUCAUGACCAUAAUGUUGAUGCUGCUGUUACUGCUACUCCUGCUGAUGCCAUUGACAAGGAGGAUGAUGAUGACGAUGAUGAAAUUGAUGAUGACUGCGGCCAUGCCAACGAUGAUAUUGUCGCUGAUAAAUUCCAAACGACCAUUAACUUCGGCCCAUAUGUUUCCUCAAUUUCGGUGGCUCGACAACAUUUGUUGUGGCUUUCGUGGCCUUACAACUUGUCGUGGUCGUCGUUGUCAAUGGUGGUCCAAAGGACUAACAUGGCUCAUAACACUCUACGCCUUGUUGUGGCACGGCCUAACGACCACAAAGCUAACGCUGGUAGAGGCGGGCUCACACAUCCGACUGACACAGCGUAACAAUCAUGCCAACAUCUCGGAGUUAUUGGAUAAUCUAUUGCGAGGUUAUGACAACAGUAUACGACCGGAUUUCGGAGGUCCACCUGCCACCGUUGAAGUCGAUAUCAUGGUACGAAGCAUGGGUCCAAUUUCCGAAGUGGAUAUGACCUACUCCAUGGAUUGUUAUUUUCGUCAAUCAUGGGUGGACAAACGUCUGGCGUUCAAGGGAGCCCAAGCCACCCUGGCGCUGAGUGUAUCGAUGUUGGCGCGUAUCUGGAAACCAGAUACCUAUUUCUAUAACGGCAAACAAAGCUAUUUACACACCAUAACGACACCAAAUAAAUUUGUGAGAAUCCAUCAGAAUGGCCGGGUAUUGUAUUCGAGCAGGCUGACCAUAAAGGCUGGCUGCCCGAUGAAUUUGGAGGAUUUUCCCAUGGAUAUACAAAAAUGCCCACUGAAAUUUGGUUCGUUUGGCUACACCACGGCCGAUGUCAUCUAUCGCUGGAACAAAGAACGCCCCGCUGUGGCCAUAGCCGAGGAUAUGAAAUUGUCACAAUUCGAUUUGGUUGAUUGUCCGGCGGGUAAUUUAACGGAUGUUGUUUACAAAGCAUCCUCGCCCUACCACGAGAAUGCCCGAAACUAUGCAGGGGCAGGGGGUCUUGGUGGUCAAACGACGACGACGACGACCCAUCAAGUACAUCACUCCACACACCAGCACCAGAAACAACAGCGACAACACCAAACGGAGCAGCAUCAGCAUGGUCAUCACCACAACAACAACAACUACGAUGACAACAACAACAACUACAACCAGUUUAGCAAUCGAGGCAACAAAACAUUAACAACUUUUGCCGGUCCAGGAGCAAAAAAUCAACAUGUCCGUGGUACUGGCAUCCAGUUGGAUAAGGCCAGCAGUUUCGGUGUGGGUGGCGGAGCUGGUGGUGGUCACAUACGCUUAGAAUCGGAUCAAUCAUCCGAAUACUCCAUGUUGAUGGUGAACUUUCAUCUGCAGCGUCACAUGGGAAAUUUCCUCAUCCAAGUCUAUGGACCAUGUUGCCUAUUGGUGGUCCUUUCCUGGGUAUCAUUUUGGUUAAAUCGUGAAGCCACAGCAGACCGGGUAUCGCUGGGAAUAACAACAGUGCUCACCAUGACUUUCCUAGGCCUGGAGGCCCGCACCGAUCUGCCCAAGGUUCCCUAUCCCACGGCAUUGGAUUUCUUUGUUUUCCUCUCGUUUGCCUUCAUCUUUGCCACAAUUCUUCAGUUUGCCGUUGUCCAUUACUUCACGAAAUACGGUUCGGGAGAAUGUUAUUUUAUCAUCGAAGAAUUGGAUUCAGACACGGAGACGGAGAGUGCAGUACGGCAAACCCAUAAACUGGGAAUGACUCCUGAAUAUGAGGAUACCAAUAGCAGUACGGAAACGAAAAUCUAUGAAGUUAUACCGCUUUCGAUGUGUUCCAUCAACAUACCCAAGGGGGGUUCAUCAAUGAAAAAUCGACGAUCUCGAGAGAGGAAGUAUCGUCGUCAAUCGGCCUGGUGGAAUUGUUGGAAUCAAGUGCAGUCAUGGUUGGGUUGCCGCCAGAAGCGUGGCAGGCAUAAAGCACAUUUUGGUUCAUCCGAUGAAGAUGGUGAGGAGAUUCACUUGAGGGCACAUGAGGAUGUUACACCCAAAAAAUAUUCCGGCCGCCGUCGUAUGUCCUACUAUCGCCGCGAAGAGUUGGAUGCCCGUCGCAAGGGCAAACGAACGCCACAAUAUAAUUCCGUGUCGAAAAUCGAUCGAGCCUCUCGCAUUGUUUUCCCCAUUCUAUUUCUGCUCAUCAAUGUGUUCUACUGGUAUGGCUAUUUGUCGCGCAGCUCCAGGAUAUUGGCGCACAGUAAUUCGACCACCUGAUGUUACCUUUUGGCAAUUUAGACACGUUAGCGCGAGAAGAAAUCAAAACAAAGAAGCAGAAGGGAAUAAAUCGAAAUCAAAAUUUCAUGUUGGGGAACAAUAUUGGUUAAAUGGUGAGAGAUGGAAGUGAAUGAUGAGGGGAGGAUAGAAACUAAGAAAAAAACUGUAACAAAUUAAAAAAAAUCAUUUCGCUUCUGCUAAUAAUUUGUGAUACAAUUAUGAUUUCUUCU